CAUUCAUUGCCAGGGGAUUGUGGUUCUCGUCCCCACACCCGAAUUGUCGGAGGCCAUGAGGCAGCUGUGAACAGUUGGCCUUGGCAAGUUCAAUUAAGGUCAACUAAUGGAUUUCCAUUCUGUGGAGGGUCACUGAUCGACCCUUACUGGGUUGUCUCAGCAACUCAUUGUCUCAAAAAUCUCUUCGGAAGUACAAAACCUUCAGAAGUAAAAAUCAGGUAUGAAAUUCGUCGUACUUAUACUAAUUUGAACAUUUUUUUUAAAAUUUUCAUUCAGUUUAAGUGAGAUGUAGUGUGCUAACGUUCUUCUUCUUUUUAUUUUUUAUCUAUGAGGGUAAAUACACUAAGCACCCAGGCACCGAUAAAAUUUUUAUUAUGAAAUAGUUCUUUGUGCCAUACAAAGACUUUUUUCGGUUGCCUUUUGUUUCUCUUUUUUUUACUUUUAGCCUAGCUUUUUUAUGGUCAGAUUUAAGUUACGUGACCUUUCUAAAUUUGGCAAAUAUUUAAUUGUUCCCUAAGCUUCAAUAUGUUAGCAAAAAAUUUCACUGUCGCUUGAGUUCAUAUAAUAUAAUAAUGAUAAUUAAUAAUAAUAAUAAUGAUAAUAGAAUCCUGAAUAAUAACUUUGACACUUUAUGACGUUAAAUAUCUUACUUAGGUUAGGAGCGCAUUUCCGCACAACUGGUACUCUUGGGACCGAACAAGAUAUUGACGUGGCAGAAAUCUAUAGACACGAAAAAUAUCAUUCCCCUCAAACAUACAGCCAUGAUAUUGCGCUAUUGAAGCUGGCAAAGCCUGCAAAGCUGGGCAAAGGAGUUGGUCUUGUUUGUCUGCCAGAUUCCAAUCUACCAUUACCGAUAGACAACUCCUACCAGAAGUGCUGGAUCACCGGCUGGGGAAGACUGGCUUCGGGGGGAGCUUCUCCAACUAAACUGAUGCAGGUAGAUGUGCCCCUUGUGUCGAAGACCCGUUGCUUGAAAGCAUAUCCUGGAAAGAUCCAUGACUCUAUGUUGUGUGCGGGACUAGAUCAAGGUGGGGUGGAUGCAUGUCAAGGUGAUAGUGGUGGACCACUGGUCUGUGAGUACAACGGCAAAUGGCAACUGGAAGGAGUAACUAGCUGGGGAUACGGAUGUGCUGCACCAGGCAAAUUUGGCGUGUACGCUAAUGUUCGAUAUCUUAGCUCAUGGGUCAAGAGCAAAAUUUCAGGUGGUGUUACGCCCAAACCGACACCAGCACCAACACCUCCAAAGCCAACAACAAUAGUACCCUCAGGUAAAUAUAUCAGGACUGAACAGAUACAGUUCGAAACUUCUUGAGAAUCAUAAUUUUUAAAAGCCUUAGCUUUAGGAUCUUGUGGAGGAGUGUGUGGCCGAGCAGUUACCUGGAACCCCUGGAGGUCCGGGGGUUCAAGCCUCGCCCGUCUCGUUAUUUCCUUAGACAAGGAACUUUACUCCACUUUGCCUGGAUGUCUUCACCCAGGUGUCUGAAUGGGUACCAGCGACAUAGUACUGGGGGGUAACCCUGCGAUGGACUGGCAUCCCGUCCAUGUGGUAGUAGCAAUACUCCAGACUUACCUAAUGUUACGGAAACCGGGAUAAGCUCCGGCCGUUUGGGCUUUUGGCUCGUGUGCGCCUUUACCUUUUAGGAACUUAGUGGGACUAUUUAACUAACAGUAUUGCUAACAUGUUCACAAGAUUACUCACUAUACCGAAACGUUUUUCCAGUUUUUACGUCGAAUCUCUAUAACAAACAGAUCAGAGUUCUACUUCUGACGUCCUUAUUGUUACAGGUAGAGGCCGUUAUUUAUUCGCUGUCAAUUAUUUCCCUAUCAUGCACCUGACUCUGUCUCUUUGAAAAUAAAGCAUAGCACACAACCCUUUAGGUCGUACCUCGUUUACCACAUUAUUUUGCAUCUUUCAAAGAACGAGCAAAUGAAAGUUACCUUCAAAUUGUUUUUGUCUCAUAAUAUUCAUUGCCAGGGAAUUGUGGUUCUCGUCCCCACACCAGAAUUGUCGGAGGCCAUGAAGCAGCUGUGAACAGCUGGCCUUGGCAAGUUCAAUUAAGGUCAACUUACGGAUUUCCGUUCUGUGGAGGGUCACUGAUCGACCCUUACUGGGUUGUCUCAGCAACACAUUGUCUCACAUAUUCCAAUCCAUCACAAGUAAAAAUCAGGUAUAAAAUUCGUUGUACAUAUGCUAAUUCAAACAUUUUUUUUUUUCAUUUUAAUUCAGAUUGCAUGGGAUGUGUUUUUCCUUUAAAAAAAGGGGGAGAGAAAGAGCUUUUUAUUAGUUCCAUCUAUGAGGGUCAAUACCUUGAGCAUCCAAGCACUUACAAAAUUAUUAUAAGAAUUAUAAAAUAGUUGUUUGCGCCAUACAAAGACUUUUUUCGGUUGUCUUUUUUUCUUUUUUCUUUUUCUUUCAGCCUAGCUUUUUUAUGGCGGCUAGUUACGUUGCCUUACUGAAUUUGCAAAUAUUUAAUUUUUCUUUUAGCUUCAAUGAUUGUUAGCAAAACAUUUCACUGUCGCUUGAGUUCAUAUAAUAUAAUAAUGAUAAUUAAUAAUAACAAUAAUAAAAUCCCGAAUAAUAACCUUGACACUUUAUGACGUUAAAUAUCUUACUUAGGUUAGGAGCGCAUUUCCGCACAACUGGCACUGUUGGGACCGAACAAGAUAUUGACGUGGCAGAAAUCUAUAGACACGAAAAAUAUCAUUCCCCUCAAACAUACAGCCAUGAUAUUGCGCUAUUGAAGCUGGCAAAGCCUGCAAAGCUGGGCAAAGGAGUUGGUCUUGUUUGUCUGCCAGAUUCCAAUCUACCAUUACCGAUAGACAACUCCAACAAGAAGUGCUGGAUCACCGGCUGGGGAAGACUGGCUUCGGGGGGAGCUUCUCCAACUAAACUGAUGCAGGUAGAUGUGCCCCUUGUGUCGAAGACCCGUUGCUUGAAAGCAUAUCCUGGAAAGAUCCAUGACUCUAUGUUGUGUGCGGGACUAGAUCAAGGUGGGGUGGAUGCAUGUCAGGGUGAUAGUGGUGGACCACUGGUCUGUGAGUACAACGGCAAAUGGCAACUGGAAGGAGUAACUAGCUGGGGAUACGGAUGUGCUGCACCAGGCAAAUUUGGCGUGUAUGCUAGUGUUCGAUAUCUUAGCUCAUGGGUCAAGAGCAAAAUUUCAGGUGGUGUUACGCCCAAACCGACACCAGCACCAACCCCUCCAAAACCGACACAAGCACCAACACCUCCAAAGCCAACAACAAUAGCACCGUCAGGUAAAUAUAUCAGGACUGAAAAGAUACAGUUCGAAACUUCUUGAGAAUCAUAAUUUUUAAAAGCCUUAGCUUUAGGAUCUUGUGGAGGAGUGUGUGGCCGAGCAGUUACCUGGAACCCCUGGAGGUCCGGGGUUCAAGCCUCGCCCGUCUCGUUAUUUCCUUAGACAAGGAACUUUACUCCACUUUGCCUGGAUGUCUUCACCCAGGUGUCUAAAUGGGUACCGGCAACGUAGUGCUGGGGGGUAACCCUGCGAUGGACUGGCAUCCUGUCCAUGAGGGAGUAGCAAUACUCCAGACAUACCUAAUGCUACGGAAACCGGGAUAAGCUCCAGCCGCUUGGGCCCUUGGCUCGUAUGCGCCUUUACCUUUUAGGAACUUAGUGGGACUAUUUAACCAACAGUAUUGCUAACAUGUUCACAAGAUUACUCACUAUACCGAAACGUUUUUACAGUUUUGACGUCGAAUCUCUCUAACAAACAGGUCAGAGUGCUACUACUGACGUCCUGUUUGGUACACGUCGGCGUCUUUAUUAAUUCUCUGUCAAUUAUUUUGCUAUCACGUACCUGACUUGUCUCUUAAGUACAAUAAAGGAGAGCACACACCCCUUUACGUCGUAAUUUUGCUUUUUAAUUCCGCAUAUCAUAACGGUUCUCCUAUGUAACUCAAGUAAGCAAAAUAUUUUCAAACAGGUUAUUGCCAUUGCUCCUUACCACAGGUACUUUUGAGCUAAAUCGACAGUAAGAGAGAAACAUUUAACAAAUUUGCUUCGAAGACGUCAUGUUGGCAAACAAAUUAGCGCCCGUUUGAAUCUGUUAUUCUUUUCUUCCCGUAGAGUGCAAAGACAGUGAGUGGUACGCUGAUCAGUGUCCAACUUUGGCACAACACCCAGGGUACUGCCAAUACCACCAUGAAUGGACGAAGAAGUACUGCGCUAAGUCUUGUGGCUGGUGUAGUAAGUGUUCAUUUUGUUUUGACUUGAUUUAGCCAUAGAUAAUCCGUUCAGUUUAAGGUAGCACAACCAAACCUCCCAUCUUUUUUGACUGUUUUAACUUUGAAAGAAGAGAACCAAAAGGUAGGCCAAAGCUAGAUUUCAAAAAGUCGGGUCCUUUUUCUCAAAAUCGUUUUAGCAAGAAUAACCUUUUGUUUGACUGUUCGCGAGUACUUGAAUACGCAAAAAUACGGACUGUACCUGUCUUGCAGUAUAGGCCAAAGCCAUAGCAAUAGUUUUGUAAAGUUGUAUAAUACAUUUAGUACUUGACUUAAAUAAUUGUUUUUUGGUCAUAAGCAGUUACCGAGGCAACGUAUCUUAAGGUUUACCCAGACUCUUUCUUCAGCUUCCACCACUGGUAUCUAGAAAAUGAAACAAGUGACCCCUACUUUUUUCCGGUCGAUAGCUUUUGGCAUUAAAAUCGAAAUGGAAAAAAUUCUACGGCGUGGAUUUUUUUGUUAGAGUGGACGAUAGGACAUUUUCGCCCAGAAUUUUAAUAUACCAUUUCAGUUUUGAACUAUUUUUGAAAAUGAAACUUUUAGGUUCGUCCAUCAGACGGUACUCCAUCAAACCGUUAGUAAAAGAGACACUGAAAUUGUUUAGCAUUUAUCGGCUUUGUCCUCAACCGAUGUAAAGAAGGAAGUCUUUAAUUAUACGUGGGUCUUUGUUUACAGGUCCAGGUCCUUCCACACCUCCACCACCCACCUUGCCGCCCUCGUCUUGUGGUAGGUCCCCUGUUACACGUGUUAUCGGAGGAGUGGACGCUAAACCAGGGAAUUGGCCUUGGCAGGUUAGUAGGAUAGCAGUUUUUAACGCGUGGACCAUAAAGUUAUUACUGAUAUAAAAGUAAUCAAUGAAAUUACAUGGCACUCUGAGGGGUGUCAGCUGAUACUUCUGUAAUUUCAAUGAUGACGAUGAUGUAAGUCUUAACUGAUUAAAAGUGAUGGAAUUUAAUUGUGCACUGGAACGUUCUGGCGUCCGGAAGUCUACUAGACAACCAUAAAUUACCUUUUUUACAUGUCAUGCAUAUGUACCUGACUUAUGACCAAAAAUUAAAGAUACCCCUUUAAUAUUUAGUGGCAGCCGCACAACCUUGUAGCCCUUCCAAUUAUGGCUAGAUUAACAUCACUAAUUAAAGGAGAUUUCUCCAUUUUUGCGCCCGGCGAACCCAAAACGUUUUAUGCCGGAUAGUGAAAACACUAAAUACAACAGUAGCAGGCGUAGCAAGGUUUUCCACUCGAUCCUCCUUUUUACUUUCGUCCCAAGUUCAUAGACAAACUGGUGCGGAAACGCUUCCUAGGCAGGCUAUUUUUACGCGAGUUUGAGAAUCCUUAAUCUUUGGUAAGUAAAGGGCGGCGCAUCCUUAAUCUUUGGUAUUCUAAAGAUCAGAGCAUCCCCGUGUAUAAAGUUCACACAGGAAGUACUGACCAUUAGAGGCUCAAUCCAAAGAAAGCAGGUUUCAGUAAAAUUGUUACCGAUAUGAGACAAAAACAAGACUUGAUGCGCGCGGGUUUUCUUCAAAGCGCAUAUCAAGUUAAUGAUCUUUCCACCUAAACCUACAUUUCACUUGACCAUACUGUUUCUUCUGCCACGGAAUCAAACAGAAACGUAAAUGUGUAAGUGGAUUUGCAAAGUAGGUGCACCGCCGAAUUGUAAACCCGUUUUGUAUGGUGUACCUCAAAGUUGCUUGACAAUGUAUAGCCUGCGUAGCAAGCGUUUCCAAUCGAGCUUGCUCUUGUCCUGACUUUCUCAAGGAUCUCGCGCGGACACGGUUGCUACGCAGGCAAUUACUUCUAUGUCCAGGUUAGGGCACUAAGUUUCCCAAAAUAAUCCGAACACGUUAGAGUGUGUUACCUUGCUCACUUUAGUUCAAAUGUUUAUUUGAUUUUUCGCUUUUUCUGAUGUAAUAGAUAGCGCUUCUUAGAGGGAGUUCCAAGUCCUUCAGCUGUGGUGGAUCACUUAUCACUCCUGACUGGGUUGUUACAGCAGCGCAUUGUAUUUCACGGGGACAGUAAGUUUGCGUUUUAGACCUUUGGUUUAGCUUUCCCUUGUAAAAUGGUACAAUAGGGGAGAUUUAUGGCCAAAAUAGCUGAGAAUUUUCCUCUAAAAAUAAAAUUUUAAAUCUUAUGAUCUAUUAUUCUCUACUGCGUAACUCUUAAACAGGUAUCAAUACACUCAAUGUCAGAUCCAGAAGGAAAGAGUUUAGUUUUGUUUUCCCGAGAGUCUGAUGUUUCCCAAGACGUUGUUGUGUUUAUUGACCUUUAUUCACAAAAAAAAAAGACAAGACGGGCAGUGUUUUGUCCUCCUUCUGUCACGCCACUUUCCACCAUUCUUUGAUCACGUGCUGUAAUGUAUCCCGAGCGGGGUACAAAAGCAUCACGAUCGGGAUACACUUGAUUUAAGUCAAGGCCACGUGACCAAGAAUCAACCAAUAGCAGUCCGUGCUUAGUUUAGUGAAAGUCUAGGAAUAUAACAACACCAUCGUAGCAUUUAUCCAGUCUCUGUGGUACCAUUAAUUUUAACACAAGCAUGCUCAAAAUCAUUAGCCAUAGAGGUCUGUAUGAUAUUAACUCAGCCCGGUGUACAGGCUGUGUAUUGGAACUGAAUUAUGUCCUUUUUCUAUACAAUAGUGGCACUGCAGAUCCGGGUUUGAAACCCAGUGCUGACUUUGUUGAGGAAAAAUUAUAUAUUUAAAAAAUAAAAUAUCUAUCACGUAAACCAAGUUCCUUUUGAAAGUAUUGACGCCGGACUAAAUGUCAAGAUUUCCGCCCAAACUUAUCUUUGUAAACGCGACUUAAGACCCAUAUCAAGGACUCGGAGAGGCGAAAACCAUAUCCAAAGAAAGAAGUCGGUCCCCUUCUUCCCAUUCCAGGCCACAGCUGGCCAAACUGAAUCGAACAAAGGAUCUCUAAUUUUGAAUUCAAUCCAUAGUACUCCUUAACUUCAGGCUAGGAUGCCCUUAUUGAAUAGAAUUACGGUGGCGAUACGACCUGUGUGUCUACCUCUUAGGAGUAAAACCGGUAACAUACGUUUAGCCAAUAAACAUGGAAGUACUAGAAAGGACAGUCAAAAAAUGCAGUCACAAGCCGUCACUAACUGAUGGUUAGUCGUUCAUCAAAUUGGUUGAUCCAACUCAGGCGCAUAUAAAAUCUGGGCCCAGUUGUUUGAAGGCCGAUUAGCGCUUAUAAUAACCUGGGGUUAAAAUUUUUAGGUUUUUUAUGUUUUUUUUCCUUGUGCUCGAAAGCAUUUUCUCGGAUAAUUUUCUCUGUUAUUUUUAGAGCUUCCAAUCAUCAACCUGUAGACAAAAAUAAUUAAGACUGAAAUGCUUUUUAAGCUUUCAAAUCUGAAUUCAAAUCUCGCACUAACCCUAGGUUAUCUUAACCCAGCUUCAAACAACUCGGCCCUGCAUGAUUUUUAAACUACUGCAAGCGUUUUGUUGAUUAGCUGACCAGGUGUAACCAAAUGACAUUGUUUAAAUUGUUUGUUUAACAGGCCAGCUAGUUACUAUACUGUUCGUUUGGGUGACCACAACCGUUACCUUUCUGAGGGAACUGAACAAGAUAUACCAGCUAAACAAGUUAUAGUUCAUCCUCAAUAUUCCUCGUUUACAAUAGACAAAGACAUCGCUUUGAUCCAGCUUUCUAAGCCGGCAACUUUGAACGACCGAGUGAAUACAGUUUGCCUUCCUGCUCAGGAUGAAAUGGUUUCCACCUCAGCUAAGUGCUUUAUAACAGGUAAAUUGGUAAAUCUGUUGAAAAUAGUGUCAAUAGUCUCCUAACCCUGUAAAUUAGUAACAAACAAGUAGCCUUCACUUAAAUCCUGACCUCUGUGAUUAAUUGCUGGAUCGCCACAUUGCAUUGUAUGAAAUGUUUAAAGUCUUUAAAAUUGAACGCAACGAAGUCAAGUGGUGGUAAAAACAGAAAACAUCAAAAAGGAGAAAACUAACCCAUCCAAUAAAAACAAAAAUAAUUCAGAAAAAAUAAAUAAUCAUUAUGAAUAAUCAUUCACAAAAUAUGAUAACAUUUAUUAAAAUCAAAACGACAUUUAAAUGAUGUGAUGUGGACUUGGUACUUCAGGCUUUUUUUUUUUGUUCUAGGAUGGGGAAAAAUACAACACCCGGGAUCUUCUCACAAUAUUCUACAACAGGCUGAGAUACCGCCCGUGACAAACAGCGUUUGCCAGAAAAAAUUGGACGCAUCACCAGGUUUGCCUUAAACCAGUGGGGUUGUGAUAAUUUAAUUUUGUACAAUUCACAUUUGAUUUUUUUUUUUUUUUUCUACGCGGGCGGCGUUUUCACAACCAUAAAAUAUCUAUAUUUAUUAUAUAAACACCAAUGAAAUACCAGGUGAGCUUUCGCGCGAAAACUUGGUAUCUUCACAAGUGAAAAUAACAUGUUAUCUUCACAUGUGAAAAUAUCACCUUUGCUAUGGCUACAUAAUAAAUCGCGCCUUCACACCAAAAAACUAUUCAAGUGAAAUGGUUUGGUAUUUCAUUGGUGUUUAGAUAAUAAAUAGAACAUUACAUGGCCGCUUGGAGAUACGAAGUUUCUCUUCUCGUGUUGAAAAAAUAUUUCACUCGUUAUAUAUCUAUUAAUUACACUGAGUCCAAUCCUCUAUAACGAGCUUUAGGGUCUGUUUACGUGGCGGUGGGGGACCUUAGAUAGGUGAGGUAACCCGCGGCGGGUCAUGCCACCGAACAUGUAAAGGUGAUCAAAUCUCUUAGAUUCAUUAUAUGGACAGGGGGGUUAACUCACCUACCUGGGGCUCGCCCGGCCUCCAUGUACCAAGGCCCUUUAAGUCCCCAGUCCCUUGCUCCAGGGGAACGAACAAAUGGUGCAAUAAAGCGAUAAGAUUACGUUCAGCUCUGUGAUUAUAAUACGAUAAGCCCGCGACCCAGGAAGAUUAGACAUUCCGGCUUGCGCCAUCUAGGCGCCCGCUAGAGGACGUGCAUCUAACCUGUAAAUAGACAGUGGUCUUUGUGUUAAAUUUGGCAUGGGCCAUGCCCAUAUUCCGCAACGGUCGCAAUAGUGCAAGAUACGAAUAAGAAUCUGAAAACAGAGUGCUACAGUGAGAGGUUUUUUGCAGAUGCUUUUCAUUUGGUCAUUCUUAUUUUGUUUAAAAUCAACCUCCUAGGUGGAUCGUCAUUAAAGAUCACCCCACACAUGCUCUGCGCAGGAAAAAGUGGAACUAUCCUUAGUGGUUGCCAUGGAGACAGCGGUGGUCCUUAUGUUUGUCAAGGAGCCAAUGGAAAUUGGGUUCUACAGGGUGACGUCAGUUGGGGCUCCUCGAGAUGCUCAGCAGCCGAACGAUACACUGUUUUCGGACGGGUUGCUAAGUUCAGGAAUUGGAUCGACCAGACCAUGAAAUCUUGA